UGUAUUUCCAUUUCUAGAAAUGUUGAUCAGCAUUUUCACGCAUGCAGCUCCGCAAUACAUUCUGAUUUUUCCUUUUGUUCCAGAGUUAAAGAAAUCCCCAUCACGAGCAAUAUAAAGAAUGUGAUCGUGCCGCAGGUGCGGGGCACCCACAUGGUGGCUCAAGCCCCCGAAGAUGCGAUACAAAUAAUGUUCCUCAGCAUAUCUGGCAAAAUCACAUCAAUUAACCGAACCAUUGACCAAGGGUUUCCGGACAGAUAUCUUCCUCACAUCCAAGCGAUCCUCGCCAAAAGCUCCGAAGGGGACCUAUGGGCUGAUGAAAAACGCAUGUAUGCGAUCCAAUCAAAGCCAGAUAAGGAGAAGCUCAAGCGUAAUGUGCAACAAGUUAUAACGUAUUUGGACGCCAACAUUAACAUUAAGCUGCAUUUUUCACGACUUCAUAGCAUGUACCAAAGAGACCGUCAAAAACCUGUGAUACAUACACGGCUUUAAAAUACUAGCAACAGCCACAUUGGUAAUCUGGUUGCGAGAUGGUUUCAAGAUGGCAAAGAGGGGUGGGUCAAUUUGUAGUCUCUAGCCACACAAACACUUUGUGACAUUAUCGCGAUAGCCACAGCAUUGUCGCAACCACAAUGGUAACAUCCUAAGAAGACCCUCGUGGUUUUUGCCGGUAUACAAAUGAUUUCUUGGCAGAUUUUCCCGAACCACCAAAACUGUACGUCCCACAAGGAGACAGCCAAUUUUU